GCGCGGGGCCUGGUUUGCACAGCAGUAAAUGCACGGGAGGGGUGUGUGCGUCAACGAAAGGCCUAUGCAAAACAGCGCCUUCGCUGUUUUCGUUCCCGUCACGCUCUCGCCAGGGGCAGCACCGGCAUUUGGCGGGGCCUGCAAGCAGGACGGAAGAGUUGCUGGGUGCCGCCCACCGCGGUUCAACGGUGAACGGCAGGCUAGAGGGGCAGAGGCCUGGCGCUAAGGCGCUCGCCUCCCUUCCUCCGACUUUUCCUUUCUCGGAGCUGCCAUGGCCCGGGUAAGCGGAGUCUGGCAGCCGCGGGCCGAGGCUGCCGAGGCGUCCCCGGAGCAGCCCGAGAGCUACCAGCUCCGCCAGGAGAACGAGCUGCAAGUGCUGGAAUCCAUCUACGGGAGGGACUUCCAAGACUUGCGCCUUGGCCAGCCCUGGAAGGUACGACAGUCUCCAGAAAUCAAUCUAGUUUUGCGACCGCAGGGCUUAACUGGUGACCAUGAAGUCUAUGCCAAAGUUGACUUGUGGGUCAAGUGUCCCCAAACCUACCCUGAUAUUGUUCCAGAAAUUGAGCUUAAAAAUGCAAAGGGCUUGUCAAAUGAAAACAUUAACUUGUUAAAAUCCAGGCUAGAGGAAUUGGCAAAAGAGCAUUGUGGAGAGGUGAUGAUCUUUGAAUUGGCAGCUUAUACACAGUCAUUUCUCAGUGACUACAAUAACCCCCCUUCAAAAUCUUUCCAUGAAGAAAUGCUGAAGAAUCAACAAAAGGAGCAAGAAAGACUAGCCCAAGAAGAAGAGCGGCAGAAACAAGACCUUAAGAGGAAAGAAGAGGAGAUGCAACGGGAAAUUCUUGAUGAGAUUCAGAGAAGGGAAGAAGAAAAGAAAGAAGGAAGAAAAAGGAAAGAAAUAGCAAAACAGGAGCGUUUGGAAAGUGCCACUUUGACCAACCAGGACAACAGUACCAGUAGAGAUGCUGCAGGGAACAAAAUAGCUGCCAGUUUAAAUGGAGGCGUCACGGAACAUGGAGGGAACAACAAAUAUCGUGCACAUUCCACUGGGCGUUCAAAGAGAGAACGUCAGCAUUCUGCAUGCAGUACUGAUGAUUCUCCGGGAACUUCUGAAAUUCUGUAUUUCAACACCAGUGGUAUUGGCCAGCUUAAGGUACACAAAGGAAAGUGCAUAGAAAAGGAUGAGCAGCUUGGUAAAUCAGUCUACAAUGCUUUGGAGAUGUGCACUGGCAACUUUGUCAUUGUAUAUGAAUGGGUACUUCAGUGGCAAAAGAAAAUGGGGAAAUUUCUCACAAGUCAAGAAAAGGAAAAGGUUGAAAAAUGCAAAAAACAGAUUCAGGGAGCAGAAGCUGAAUUCAGCUCUCUGAUGAAGUUAAACCAUCCUCACAUAGUCCAUUACCUAUCUAUGAGCUUUAAAGAGCACAGUGAUUCGAUCGUGGUAGACAUUUUGGUGGAACACGUUAGUGGAUCCAGCCUUUCUACAUACUUGGACAAAGAGAUCCCUCUCCCCAUGGAUCAGCUGCGUCAUUACACAACCCAGCUUUUGUCAGCCCUUGACUACCUACACAGUAAUUCUGUGGUCCACAAGGUUCUGGGUGUUUCCAGCAUUCUGGUGGAUACUGAAGGAAACAUCAAGGUGACGGACUACAGUAUUUCCAAACGAUUGGCGGAUAUCUGUAAGGAGGAUGUCUUUGAGCAAACCAGGGUUCGAUUUAGUGAGGACGCGUUGCCAAACAAACCAGGGAAAAAAGGAGAUGUAUGGUGCUUGGGCUUGCUGCUGCUUGCUCUCAGCCAGGGACAAAUAAUGAAGGAAUAUCCAGUCACAAUUCCAAAUGAUUUGCCUGCUGAUUUUCAAGACUUUUUGAAAAAGUGUGUUUGCUUGGAAGAUAAAGAAAGAUGGAGCCCUCAGCAGCUGUUAAAACAUAAUUUUCUAAACCCACCACAAAUUAAAAUACCUGUAACGGAAGAAAGCCCAGAAGAUUCAGCAGGAAUAGAUGAUCUUGAAACUGUUAUUCCCAGCAGUCAGCUUGCUAGCGAUGUAUUCUUCACCGAAACACAGAGGCAAUUUUCUCGUUAUUACAAUGAAUUUGAAGAGUUACAGCUACUUGGUAAAGGAGCCUUUGGAGCAGUUGUCAAGGUCCAGAACAAACUGGAUGGCUGCUGUUAUGCAGUAAAGCGCAUCCACAUAAACCCCACAAGCAAGCAGUUUCGAAGAAUUAAAGGGGAAGUGACACUGCUGUCGCGUCUGAACCAUGAGAACAUUGUGCGGUAUUACAAUGCGUGGAUAGAAAAACAUGAGAGGCCUUUGCUUAGUACUCGGGCAUCAGAAGCCACUGAAGGGAAGAAAGGAGCCGAGAAGCCGGCCCUGAAUGGAAAGGGCGAAGAGGCGUCCAUGGAUGACAUAGAAGCAAAUGCCCCUCCUCCUGUUCUGACCAGUUCAGUGGAGUGGAGCACCUCGUGUGAGAGGUCGUCAAGCGCCAGGUUCAGUGCGGCUGAGCAAGAAUCCAGCGAUGAGGAUGACGAUGAGGAUGAAGGCGAAGGAGUGUUUUCACAGUCAUUCUUGCCAGCUGCAGAUUCUGAAAGUGAUAUUAUUUUCGAUCAUGAAGAAGAGAACAGUAAAAAUCCUAUGACGGAUGAAGACUGCAAGGACAGUCCUAGCGAAGGAGAUGGAACAUCAAUGAUUCAGACUGUUCACUAUCUGUACAUUCAGAUGGAGUAUUGUGAAAAAAGCACCUUGCGAGAUACCAUUGACCAAGGCUUGUAUGAAGAUACCAAUCGCUUUUGGAGGCUUUUCCGGGAAAUUUUGGAUGGGUUAGCUUAUAUCCAUGAAAAGGGAAUGAUUCACCGAGAUCUGAAACCUGUCAACAUUUUUUUAGAUUCUGGAGAUCAUGUAAAAAUUGGUGACUUUGGUUUGGCCACAGAUCACCCAGCAUAUGCAAUAGACACUAAACAAGGAGAAGGAUUUUCAGAUCAUCCUUUGGCUAAAAGUGAUCUUUCUGGACACCUAACAGGAAUGGUUGGCACUGCUCUUUAUGUGAGCCCAGAGGUCCAAGGAACUACUAAAUCUACAUACAAUCAGAAAGUGGACCUCUUCAGUUUGGGUAUAAUAUUCUUUGAGAUGUCCUAUCAUCCAUUGACUACUGCAUCGGAAAGGAUCGUUGUUCUCAGUCAGUUAAGGCUUCCUUCUAUUGAAUUUCCAAAAGACUUCGAUGAAGUGAAAAAUGCAAAGCAGAAAUUGGUUAUCACUUGGCUGUUGAACCAUGACCCUUCCAAACGGCCAACUGCUAUGGAGUUGUUAAAGAGUGAACAUCUUCCCCCUCCUCAGAUGGAGGAGUCUGAACUUCAUGAAGUGCUUCAUCAUACUUUAGCCAAUGUGGAUGGCAAAGCUUACCGGACAAUGAUGGGCCAGAUAUUCUCACAGCGCAUCUCUCCUGCGAUAGAUUACACCUACGACAGUGAUAUCCUCAAGGGUAGCUUUUCGGUUCGGUCAGCCAAGAUUCAACAGCAUGUAUGUGAGACAAUCAGCCGAAUCUUUAAAAGACACGGAGCUAUCAAAUUGCAUACCCCUCUGCUACUGCCUAGAAAUAGAAAACUGUAUGAAUACAGUGAAGUUUCGUAUUUGAUGGAUCACAGUGGAAUGCUGGUGAUGCUUCCUUAUGAUCUUAGGAUUCCUUUUGCGAGAUUUGUAGCUAGAAAUAACAUAACAAACUUGAAAAGGUAUUGCAUUGAGCGGGUUUUCAGGCCUCGGAAAUUGGAUCGCUGUCACCCAAAAGAACUCUUAGAAUGUGCGUUUGACAUCAUCACUCCUGCUGGCAACAGUUUUUUACCCAUUGCAGAAACAAUCUACACAAUCUCUGAAAUAAUCCAAGAAUUUCCUGUGUUGCAGGAAAGAAACUAUUGUAUCUUCUUGAAUCACACUGCUUUAUUGAAGGCUAUCCUGCAGCAUUGUGGGAUACCCGAAGAUAAACUCAAUCAAGUUUAUACCAUUCUGUAUGAUGCUGUGACUGAAAAACUAACUAAAAGAGAAGUGGAAGCCAAGUUUUACAAUAUUUCUCUGUCGUCAAACACUCUUGUUCGACUCUACAGAUUUAUUGAGCAAAAAGGAGAGUUGCAAGAUCUAACCCCAUUGUUAAACACAAUGUUAAAGCAAAAGACAGGGGUCACCCCACUGGUGAAACUUGGCAUGAAAGAGCUAGAGGAAACAAUGGGUCUGUUAAAGAAGCUUGGCAUAAAAUCUCAGGUUUCCAUAAAUUUGGGGCUGGUUUAUAAAAUACAGCAGCACAAUGGGAUUAUAUUCCAGUUUAUUGCAUACAUUAAACGCAGGCAAAGGAUAGUUACUGACAUUCUUGCUGCCGGGGGUAGAUAUGAUCAUCUGAUUCCACAAUUCAGAGGCCCACAAGCAGUUGGUCCAGUUCCAUCAGCAGUUGGAGUCAGCAUAGCUAUAGACAGAAUAAGUUCAGCAGUUCUGAAUUUGGAAGAGCCUGUUACAUUGAACACUUGUGACCUGUUAGUUGUUAGUGUUGGCCAGAUGUCCAUGGCAAGAGCUAUCAAUGUUGUACAAAAGCUCUGGGCUGCAGGAAUUGCUGCCGAAAUCAUGUAUGACUGGUCCCAGUCUCAGGAAGAAUUACAAGAAUAUUGCAGGUGUUCUGGGAUCGCUUAUGUAGCCCUCAUCUCCGAUAAAGAAGGAAAUCAUGUAAAGGUGAAAUCAUUUGAGAAGGAAAGGCAGACAGAAAAAAGAAUUUUGGAGUCUGAUUUAGUAGACCAUCUGGCCCAGAAACUGAGGACCAAAUUUUGUGAUGAAAGAAGUAACAGAGAAGCUUCUGAUAAUCUGCCAGUACAAAACUUAAAAGGAUCAUUUUCUAGUACUUCAGGUUUGUUUGAACCACAUGGGACUGUAGUAAUACCAAACAUCUGCAUUGUUCCACCCGAGAAGUUGUCUGCAAGUGCCAGGCGGCGGUAUGAAAUCCAGGUACAAACUAAACUCCAGACCUGCAUUGCUACUCUGCAAUUGAAGACAACUGACGUUGAAAUUAUAGCAGUAGAUCUGCCCAAAGAAGCUCUAAUACACUUUUUAUUGUUAGAGUGUGAUGCAGAUGAACAAACCUUCUAUACAACUGUGAAACAACUGAUGUCACGACUGCCAAAGCAAAGAUACCUUAAAUUAAUUUGUGAUGAAAUCUACAGUAUGAAAAUUGAAAAAAGAGUGCCUGUGCUUGUCCUCUACAGUUACAGAGAUGACUGCUACAAAAUUAUAUUUUAGUUAUGAACGUUUAAAGAGAUUAAAGUUAUUUCAGUGAUAAUGUGAAUGAACAUUUGCGCACACUCUUGUUCCUGAGAGAAAUGCCAAGUCCUGGUGUCAAGGGCAAGACUGGGACAAUUACUACCAUUGAAGUAUUAAGGGUCUAGUUCCUGUGCCUCACUUUCUUCAUGUGUAUUCUAUAAAGCUGUAAAUAUUUCCAGAAUAUAUUGUACAGUAACAUUUUUUAAAAUAAAUAAAUAAAUAAAGCUGUGUUCUGGUGCUCACAUUGUUGUUUAACAAAGA